AUGUGCGAAUGGACAGAUCGCGAAUACUACUGCGGACACCACCGCAUCAUCGCAGCAAUGUGGUGCUCCAAGUUUAUCAGGACACAGCUGCGGUGCCAGCCCCAUGUCGAGAACAGGGAAUACAGGCCACACGAGAUCUGCAGCGACUGCCAAAAGGGCAGCAGGGAACCCGUGCCUUGGGACCACAUGAUCAACUACCCAUCCUCGCAGCAGACCUCGACGACAUCGAAGCGCCGCGUGUUUUAA